AUAAUAAUAAUAAUAAUAAUAAUAAUAAUAAUAAUAAAUAAAUUAAAAAGGUGAGAAAACUUGCAGCAACACCAACAGUUUUGUGAGUGUGCAGGUGGAUAGCUAGCUGAUUUGGUGGUUCUAAAUUGCUCAACUAUACAUUUUAUUUUUAAACAAUCUUCAUUCUUCAAAGCUGCAACAUUUUAAGCGCUUGGGAAGUUUCUGAAAGCAAUAAGUGCAGUUGAAACCGUUAAGAAUCAUUGGUAAAUUUGAUGGUAUAAUAAUAAUAAUAAUAAUAAUAAUAAUAAUAAUAAUAAUAAUAAUGGCUACUGCAGCAGUUAUUGGACUGAGUGGAGGAAAGAGGCUAUUGAGUUCAUCUUACCAUUACUCAGAUAUCGUAGAAAAGUUUUCUCAUGCCUCUGACUUUGCCUCCACACAGUAUCACCUCCCUCCUUCUAAAUCUCUAAUUCUUGCUAAGAAAUCAUCAAAAUACACUCCAACUUUUCCACCUUCUGAAAGGCAGAAUCACUCCAUCAAAGCUCUUAAGGAACACGUUGUUGCUGAUAGAGAACAACAGUUUCAGGUAUACAGUUCUAUUGACUUAGAGGUGGAAACCUCUGGCAUUGAAAAUUAUUCUUUGGAGGCUCUUCUUUUGCUGCAGAAGUCAAUGCUGGAAAAGCAAUGGGGUCUUUCUUUUGAAGGGGAAGUGUUGAUCCAUAAUUCGAGGAGGGAAAAAAUCCGGAGGAAGCUGCCAGUCACUUGUUCUGGUGUGUCUGCAAGGCAAAGAAGAAUAAAUAUCAAGAGGAAGAUCACUUCCAAAAGUGCUUCAGCAAUGAUGCAGCUGAGGUCCAUAAUCUGUCCGGAACUGAUUCAAAAUCGUUUGAAGGGCUAUGUAAAAGGUGUAGUGAGUGAGGAAUUGCUCUCUCAUGCUGAAGUUGUAAAGCUAUCUGGGAAAAUAAAAGCUGGCCUUUCCUUAGAUGACCAUAAAUCCAGACUGAAGGAAAGAUUAGGAUGUGAACCUUCUGAUGAUCAAGUUGCAACUUCGUUGAAGAUUUCCCGAGCUGAACUACGAGCUAAAAUAAUAGAGUGCUCUUUAGCAAGAGAAAAGUUGACUAUGAGCAAUGUUCGCUUAGUUAUGUCCAUUGCUCAAAGAUAUGAUAAUAUGGGAGCUGAAAUGGCUGACCUUGUCCAAGGUGGUUUAAUUGGACUACUUCGCGGGAUUGAAAAAUUUGACUCUUCAAAAGGGUGCAAGAUUUCAACUUAUGUUUAUUGGUGGAUACGGCAGGGUGUUUCAAGAGCUCUAGUUGAGAACUCAAGAACAUUAAGAUUGCCAAUUUUUUUGCAUGAGAGGUUAUCUUUGAUCCGCAAUGCCCAGAAUAGACUCAAAGAGAGAGGAGUCACUCCAGCUAUUGAUAAAAUUGCAAAAUGCCUUAAUAUAUCUCAAAAGAAAGUUAGAAAUGCUACUGAGGCUACCAGCAAAGUUUUCUCCCUUGAUAGGGAGCCAUUCCCCUCUCUGAACGGCCUUCCAGGAGACACUCAUCAUAGUUACAUUGCAGAUAAACGACUUGAGAACAUCCCAUGGAAUGGAGUAGAUGAGUGGGCUCUAAAGGAGGAAGUGAACGGACUCAUUAAUGCGACCCUUGUGGAACGAGAGAGAGAAAUUGUUCGUCUUUAUUAUGGACUGGAUAAAGAAUGUCUUACGUGGGAAGACAUAAGUAAACGGAAAGGUUUGUCGAGAGAAAGAGUAAGGCAAGUUGGACUUGUUGCAUUGGAGAAACUAAAACAUGCCGCAAGGAAGAGGGAGAUGGAAGCCAUGCUUUUGAAGCACUGAUAUGAUGGACUCAUCACAGAGACAUGUAUAUAUACAGAACAGAAAGGAAGCAUGUACCUAAAAAUUUGACUUCCUGAUAAAAAUAGGCGAAAGAGGACAAUAUAAUGGAACAUUGAAGGUUCAUAAAUCUCCUAAAAAAAUUGUCUUUUGGAGUAAUUAUGUUUUAUGAAAUAUGUUGAAGGAUUAAUUAUAUAGAUCUCAACUUUCCAUUUCAAAAUUACGAGGUAACUGUUUCGUAGGAAGACUUGUAUUUGUAUCUACAGUUUCACGAGCCAGUUACAAUUACGUUGAUAGUAUGAAUAGCAUUUAACA